AGUAAUGCUAAGAAUGCUGGGUGGGGGGUAAAAUCGAACACGCCACCUCCUUUUGCGGAGUUUAUGGGUGGGAAUCCUGUUACCGGCCCUUUUAUACCCAUGACUGCGGCUCAGUUUACUCGCUCACAACAGCUACAUGGCCUGCGGGCACGAAUGGAGAGAGAGCUUAGGCCGAAUGAGCAUAACGUGCCGGCUGGGGAGCCGAUAUUAGACGUAGAUCCGAUUUCGGUUAGGUACCAUUUGCGGGAUUAUCGGGAAUUUACUCAGCCUGGCGGCUCUGGUCUUGGGGAGUACGGUACUAACAUCGGCAAUAUAUAUGUUUCUAGGGUCAUGCCGUCAGACGCCGAACCGUCUACAAGUAAUCGACGGGCCGGGAAGGAUCCUGCCGUCCAUGAUGCGGGUGAGGUUGAUGCCGCCGUUAGUGGUGAUGUGCCUUCCACCCCUGGCGACUCCAUACUGGAGUCUUCUGAGUCUGGGUCUCCCGGGCUAAGGGCGCCGCCCAUUGCCGACUCUGAUGAAGAUGAGGAGGAUGCUGCGAUUUUGCAGCAAGUGUUUGAAGAAGAGGCCUUGGACGCCGAUGUGAAUUUCGAAGGUGAGGCUGCCGCGUUCUUGGUUCCGGCCCCUCCUCCUAAUGAUUCUGCUGCCCUCACCACUGAGAUAGAUAGUGACUUUGUAAAAGAGGCCGUUGCCAACCGGCAUUCUGAGGUUGGUGGUCGCUUUUUGGGUUUACCUGAGGGCUACAAGUUGACUGUGCCGAAAGAAGAGCAAACGGUGGCCGACUGUCCCGUAGGUCAUGUUGUUGUAUACACGAAGAUGUUCGACUAUGGGUUGCGCUUUCCCUUGCACCCGUUCAUUGAGAAGGUUCUGCGGGCCUGGAAUGUCGGCCUCGUUCAAUUAUCGCCCAUAGUUAUUCGCAAUCUGGUUGCGUACACUUGGUUAUUUUCAUUCAAACAGUGGCCCUUGACCCUCAACCUUUUCAAAAAACUGCACUGGCUGAAGCGUGAUGGGAAAGAUACCGGCUGGUGGACGAUCUUUACCAAGAGUCAGCGUCAGACUGUGAGCCCCCGGCUCUCCAGCUGCAAGGACUGGAAGGACCACUUCUAUUUCAUGGCUGUUCCCGAAGAUUACCCCCUCCGGCGUACAUUCUACCAGCCUAAACCUAGGAUGGAACAAUUUGACCAAGCCGACCUUGGGCCCCGAGAGCAACGUGCGUACGACAGGCUGCUGGUUGACUAUGUUGACGUUGGGCUGUCUAAGCCUAAAACCUUGCCGGCUUUUUGGCUUCCUCCUGCCGGUUAUAUUCUUAGUCCUGCCGCUUUGGGCGCAGUCGGUCUUGCACCUACACAUCCCCUUGGUAAAUGCAGUUGUUUGCCUGCACUCGUUAUCUGCUGUAUUUGUUUAUAUUUCUUGGAUCUCUGUUGUGUCGUGUUGCGUUUGUUAAAAAAAAAUUCUGACUUCCUCGUUCAUUUAUUUAUUUAUUUAUAUUAUUUUUCUUAGGGCACCAUCUUUUAAACAAGGCUUCACUCGGCCUUGACAAGAAUUGGAGGGUUGCUGAACAGUGUCCGGCGGGUCCUGCUGAGAAAUAUUACACUGUUUCUACUUUCUGCGCGAAAGCUUGUCGUGGUCGGUCAGCCAGCUUUGUGACUCCUUCUGCCGUUGUGGACCGAGGUGUUGUUCCUCGCGUUGUUCGAACAAAGGUUCCGGCAGCUGACCAGGCUACAUCCUCAGCCCAAGACGAAAUGACUACUGGCAGGUUUGCUUCUCUUCCUACCGGUCGGGGGGGACAUGCUACUCGGAAGAGGUCUUCCAGCUAGGCGAAGGCCAGUUCUCCCAAACGGUCAAAAAAUGACGCUGCGAAGACAGCGCAGGAGAAGGUGAAAGACGUCUACGCCAGCGUCGACAAGCCCUUGCAGACAUCUGGCGCUGGAAAGAAGAUUGCUGAACAGCCUGCUCAGUCGGUUGAGAUUUUGGAUGCUGACCUUUUGUCCAAAUUGAACCGGAAGCAGGUGUUGAGCGAUUUGAUUAGCGACCCGAUCCAUCCUGCGCCUGUGUCGAGGCAUAGCCCUUCCAUGAACCGGUCUGCCAGCUCGGCCUCUAAGUAUGGGGUUAUAGUUCGUUCUGGGGGGUUCAUCGAGGACAAAACUGUUGUGCUAUCUCCGGAUAUUCUUGCCGGUCUAGCCGCUGCUCCCGGUCAUGCUGAAGAGCACUGGCAGCCGCAGAAUGAUGUUCUGAGGGGGUGAGUCUAUCCUUUUUGACCGUCCUAAAGACGGAGGUACACUGGGCUACCGGUCUCUGCGCCAAGUUGUUACACCCGCCGACGGUACGCCCCAGGAGAUUGAGACGCCGGCUGCACAGUUGAUGCAUGACCUGUACUCGGUGACGCAAUCUGCUACCGAGCUUGUGGAGUGCUAUCGGAGCUAUCAGCGUCGUUUAAAACGAUCGCAAGCUGAGAAAGAGAAGCUUCAGACGGACCUUGCUGAAUCGGUCAGGACUGAAGGUGACUGCCGGAAGGAGA